AUGGAAGCUAUAAAGAAACAAGCAACUAAAUUGAGGGAGCAAGUUGCUAAGCAACAACAGGCUAUUUUGAGACAACUAGGGCACUUGGGCCAUGAAUCUGUGAUGGUCGAUGAUGCAGAACUGGAGAUUGAUCAGCGACUUCAGGAAUUAUAUAUAUCUACAAGGGCUGCGAAGCAUGUAUAUGGAAGUCUCAAUUUUCAGCUUGAUCUUGCAGCUAGAAAGUUGGCAGAUAAUUGUUAUAAAUACGGGGGUGAGAAUCAAAAUAAUCCUUCUACCUUGCCAAAGGCUGCCGUGGAGUUUGGAACUUCACAUGCUGCAAUGGAAGAUCAAAGGGAAAUUAUGCUAGGAUUUCUUGGACAACAGUAUGUCAAGCACAUAUAUUUCACUUAUGAUGAGAGCAUUCUAUCUGGGGUUCUUAGGAUGGUUAAAUUUGGAGAGAGAUAUUUCUCUCUUGAGAGGUUAAAACUUGCAGAUGCUUUUAGCAUCUUCAGUUCACAUAGUGAACUCAAGGUGAAACUAUAA